AUGUGUAAACAAGAGGUAGAAGGUUUAAUAAGCUUUAUUCAAAAAGAAUUGGUCAACGUAGUGAACAAAACUGAGUUACAAAAUUUAAUUUCAUUAAUAUCUAAAUUAGAUGAUAAGAUUGCAAAACAAAAAUUAGACAUUCAACAAUUAAUAGAUAACAUUCCAGAUGAAAAUGAAGAAACGUUUCAACAGGAAUUAAAUGCUCUGGAAACUAAAUUUAACAGUGAAUUACAAAAAGAACUAACAAAUAUUAAACAACAAAUACAAAACAUAGAUGAUAGUGAAAUUAAAACCUAUAUUCAACAACAAAUACAAAUUAUUGAUGAUAGUGAAAUCAAAACCUAUAUUCAACAACAAAUACAAAUUAUUGAUGAUAGUGAAAUCAAAACCUAUAUUCAACAACAAAUACAGAACAUUGAUGAUAGUGUUAUUCAACAACAGAUAACCACUAUUAACAAUGUAGUUCUAAAACAGCACAAAAAUAUAAUCGCAUUAGAAAAGUAUCUCAAGAAAGAAAAUAAAUCAUAUUAUUUUAGUCUUCCAUUUGAAAGUUUGAGACGUGACGAUGCUUCUAUUACUGAUAAUAUUGAUAGAUCAAAAGACUAUGAAUAUAAAAAAAUAUGGAAUUACAGCAAAUAUUAG